AGUGACGUCAUCUUCCGCUCCUGCGCACAGACGUCCUCAUCACCGACAUGGCGCUGGCAAAGUCCGUCUACAACCUCCUCUUCAGGAGAACGUCCACCUUCGCCGUGACCAUCAUGGUCGGCGCAAUGUUCUUCGAGAGGAUAUUCGACCAAGCCGGCGACGCGGUUUUUGAGCAGAUGAACCGCGGGAAACUAUGGAAACACAUCAAGCAUAACUACGAGAACAAAGAGGAGGAAUAGGAUGCGCUCCGGGGUUGUUCGAGGCUAAAGUGCAGCCGGGUGUCACACUUCCACUAUCCAUUCUUCCUGGACUCCUCGUCUGAAUCUGUCUGCAGUCACCAUGGACAUUAAGCUGAAAUCCGUGUCCAGCUGAGCACCUGUGAGAGCUGCCUGAUGGUCCAGACCGCCGUGAAGAUGGACUGAUGGACCCCUGUCGCAUCCUCCCCUUCCCUUGUGAUUGUUUUGCCUUCAUGUUCCUCCUAGAUUGUAAAUUGUUAAAUUAAACAUGUAAACGUCUUUCAGAA